AUGGGACCCGUGGUCACUAUUAUCUUCCUGAUCCUGCUUUCAGGGACUAUAACAUCACAGUAUCCAAGUUACUGGUGUAAUAUUCUGAAAUACAAGGACGUCCUUAUCACAAACCCCCAAACAGGGUAUUACUCAUUCCAAAAUGAAGCCAACUUUGAUCACCUAAGUGUCUAUAUAUAUGAUAACAGCAAUAAGAGGGCAGUGCCCCAGCCAAGAUGGCAAAAUGUGGAGAACUGGGAUGAACUGAGCCAGCUUCAGAAAGAGAGAGAAGAUUUGAUCAUCAAAGACUUGCAAGAAACCAUAACCUCUAAUGAAGGUACCUUCAAAUUCAUUCAAAUUUUUUCAUGUGAACUUUGUCCAAAUGGUGUUUUAAGAAUAAGUAAGGAUUUUCAAAUUGAUGGAAAGAAAUUCAUUAAGACCAACAAAAAUAUACCAGCUCUGGCCCUACAAGAUCCUGCAGCUGAAAUAAUCAAACAACAGUCCAGUCAAGAACAGGGUGCUAUGGAUCAAGUCAGGGGACAUCUGGAGAUACAAUGUCGUGCAACACUCCAAAAAUAUAAGAAUUAUAUUACUUCUAACUAG